AUGCUACAAAAUUACUGUGUUGAAGAUUUUAUAACCUCAAUAUGCAGUUUAGAGAUAGUUUUAAAUCAAGCAAGGGAACGUGAAUUACGUGAUUGCCUAUACUAUUGGAGGUAUACUAGUAAGCUAAUAAAGGAAUUAAAUAUUCAGAAGAAGCGAUAUAAUAUUUACAUGCUAGAUGGAUUUUAUGCUUUAGCAAGACAAACACAAGCUGUCUGUAUGUUAUUUCAUAUAUUUGCUCUUCAUGAGUAUAAAUUAAAGAACUAUGCUUUAACUACACUGAGGAUAUACUCAAAUAUGUAUAAUUCUAAAUAUGAGAAUAAAAUAUUGGAUAGUUAUAUUGACUUAAUUCAUAUGUUUAGUAACUUUAGUAAAAUUUUAGAUUUAUACAAGUAUCGUAUAAUAAAUAAAACCUUUAGAUAUAUAGUGGAUUAUUGUGAUAAAGAAAUUGUUAAUAGUAAUAUAAAUGGGGUUGAUUCUGUUUUAUCUGCUGAUGAGACUAAUGAGUAUUCAAUAUCUGACAUUACUAUACCAAAAAUAGAAGAAGAGAUUGUUGAAUCUAAUAUGAAUUUAGAAAACCUUGAAGAUAGAAAUUUAAAAAGAAGUGUUAUAAAGUCAGACUUAAGAAAUAGUUUGAAUAAUGGUCUAAACUCGGGCUUGAGAAUACCUUGUACUUUUGAAGAUGUGUCUAUGAAUUCAACUGAUCCUAAAGUUAGUGAAUACGUUACUUAUAUUCAUGGAAGUUUGAUUCCAAAUCCUUUAGAUAAAAUUCAAACUGUUUAUAAAAGUAGAGAUAUAUUUUUAAAUACAAAGAAGAAGGUAUCAUUCAAGGAUCAAAUUGAUAGACGUAAUACUACUCCUAGUAUACCAUCAUAUCAAAUGGAUAAUUACAAAAUUGAAGGCUUUACCUCUACUACAUACGAACCUUUAUUCUAUCAUAAUCCUAUUGAUAAAUUCAAUAGUGCUAGGAAUUUUCAUAUAAAAUACUAUCCUCCACCAACUCUACCCUUAGGAAAAUCUUCAACUUUGAAUUCAUCUAGUAAUACCCCACAGAUUUCUCCACAGUCAUCUUCUUCAAAGAAUAUAAAUUUUCAGAUUAUGCAUAAUUAUAAUAAUGAAAAUAAUUCAUCUUAUGUGAACAAUCCAAAGUGGAAAUUUUCUAGUAAUAACUAUCGCCUAUUAAAUAAUGAGUCAUAUGCCACAAUUAAAAGGUCUCCAAGAAGUUCAGAUCAUGCGAAGAAUGUAUUAAAUCCAUGUAUAGGUUUGGCAUCUGAAUCUACAAAUAUUCUUACUAGUAUAACAGAUCAUAUAAAGUCUAUAUUCUAA